AUGCUGCCCCAUCUUCGGUUCCUGCUGGAUGUCAUGGCGCGCAGUGGCUUCAAGGAGCUCAACAAGCUCAGUGAGGGGGAGCUCGUGGCGUCGCAGGGCAUUGCUGAGAUGUUGGCGUCCGGGGAGGCCCACUGCCUUCUCCAAUUCCGGGAGCUCGGCAAUUCUGGCGCCAAGGUGCCAAGCCGCGGGAGGUGGUGA